CGCCGUCCACGUAGCAAGCUACAGGGGCGUUGUGGUCAUUUCUGUUGUGCAUACAUAUAUAUCUCCGUCCUUCAGAAUCGUGUCGAGUCCCUUCCUUUUCGACCUUCAGAAAAGCGGAAAGGGGCCGAGAUCCGUCUUUCUGUCCUCUGAAUCAGACGCCAUUAGGCGGGGAAUCCUGUUUGAGAUCGGAGUGAUUCCGGGUCCUGAGAGGGAAGAUCUCCAAUUCGGCGGAAUUCAGGUAUUCCAGUCAAGGCAUUUCCAGGAUUCAAGUUCAAGCAGAAAAUAUGGCUGUGGAAAUAUUGGCAGCUGAGUACACACAGGGGCAGUUAGAGGCAACUGACAUGGAAGCCACAAAGGCUAAUGAAUUUGAAGAUGGCAAAGUAGUUUCCUCUCCAGCAUUUGAAGAACAAACAAAACUUGGUCCAGUUGAUGGUCCAGUAGGAGCAAGUUCAUCGGCAAAUGGAGAAAAAGAUGUUUCAGCUGACAAAUUCCCAAAGGAUGCUGCUGAUGAGUGGCCUGCUCAAAAGGAAAUCCAUACAUUUUACUUUGUCAAGUUUCGGUACUACGAAGAUCCAAAGUUAAAAGGAAAGAUGGAAGCCGCUGAAAAAGAACUUCAGAAGAGAAUGCAAGCUCGAUACCAGCUCACCGAGUUAUUAAAAGCCAAAAAGACAGAGAGGUUUCAGAUAAUUGAUAAAUUGAAACCCUUAUCAUCUCAAAGAAAAGAGUUUAGGAAGACUUUGGACGAGAAAAGAAAAGAAAUGGAGCCUCUUCAGGCGGCUCUAGGGAAGUUACGCAAUGCAAGCAGCAUCAAUAGAGAGAAAGGUGUUGGCUUAUGUUCCUCGGAGGAAGAGCUAAAUGAACGCAUACAAAGUUUGCAAUACCGUAUUCAACAUGAAAGCAACACGUUGGCUGAAGAGAAGCAGUUGCUUAAAGAAAUUAAGCAGCUGGAAGGGACACGGGAAAAAGUUAUUGCUCAUGUUGCCAUGCAAGCAAAAAUUCAGGACUCUUAUGGUCAGAAGGAAGUCAUCCAGGACCAUGUCAAACUCAUAGGUGGUGACAUGGAUGAAGUAAGAAAAGAACAACAAUCAGUUGAUGCGAAAAUCAAGCAUCAUGAGGAAGAUUUGAAGGCCAUAGACAAAGAGAUCAGUUCAUUGCAGGAGGAACUUAACACUGCAACUGAAAGAAAGGGCAAAGCAUAUGCAUCUGUUCUUGAGCUCAGAAAACAACGUGAUGAAGGGAAUGCAUCCUACUUCCAAUAUCGAUCACUUCAAACAAAGUUUAGAGAGCUGGCUGCAAAGAAAGAUAAAGCAGCACUGGAGGAGAUUUCACACACUGAGACCGAGAAAUUCAUGGCACUGUGGAAUAGCAGCAAAAAAGUGAGAGAUGAUUAUGAAAAAAAGCUUUUGCCAUCACUGGACAGCAGGCAGUUGAGUAGAGAUGGUCGAAUGAGAAACCCUGAUGAGAAACCAUUGGUAUCAGAAGAACCAGCAUUGGCUGAAACAGCCACUGCACCGGCAAAAGGCAGCACAAGACAUUCUAAAGAUGACACUCGUGCUCCCUCAGAACAUGAAACUCCAAGUGCAAACAAGGUCCAAAGGCAGAAAGAAGAAAAUAAAAAGUCAAAGGAACCAGAGGUGGCAGCAAAAGAGAGGACCUUGCAGGAACCAGAAAUUGUCUCUGCAGUAGAAACACACAAGGUUUCCAGAGAAAAUGAAGUGGACGCUGCAAAACUGAAGGAGCUGAAGAGACAGGAGGAGAUUGCAAAAGCUAAGUUGGCACUUGAAAGGAAGAAGAAACUAGCCGAGAAGGCAGCAGCCAAGGCUGCAGCCAGAGCACAGAAGGACGCUGAGAAGAAGCAGAAGGAAAGUAGCAUUUUUAUUUUCUUUAACUUUUCUUGCUUUUUGUUUAUCGAGGCCAUUUUGUCUUGAGGGUCAUAGCAUAGCUAGUCAGGCUGGUCGGCUUGCAGACUGCAGGUCAUCAUUUCAUUUCUCAUAGGCACUAUUCUCCUGGGCCUUAUGGGAGGAAUCCUGGCAUUGAACUGAAGAUGGACUGCCCCCACGCCCAGGCCUCAAUGCAGCCUUGGACCAUGGAGAGAGGGUCAGACUGGCAGGCUUGCAGUCUGCAAGUCCUCAUUUCAAUUCUCAUAGGCGCUAUUAUUCUGGGCCUUAUGGAGGGAGUCGUGCCAUUGAGCUGAAGAUGCGCUGCCCUCACACCCAGGUCCCGAUGCAGCCUAGGACCAUGGAGAAGAGGGUUGGCUCCUCAGGAAUUUCUUAUUGAGGCACCUUUUCGAACUUGAUAGGCUAUCUGAGAGCCUCAAUUCUCAGAUAAAUGAUUGAAGGGGCAUAAGGCACUUCUGAUAUAGUGCCAGCCGUAUCCUAAGAUCCGAGGCUGGCCUUCACUUUUCAUAUUUGCUGCCUGAAAUCUUCAUACCAUGGGAUUUCUUGGUUCUUAAAGAACGAAUUUCAAAUACGAGGAUCUCUAUAAGAUUGAGUUCCAUCAGCCUUCUUAGCAUUAAAACAUGAAAGUCCUGAAUUCUGAGUUGGAUUGGGUCAUUUUGUACAUUCCUGGGUAAAACUUGCUUUCAUACGAGAGCUUG